UUUCUCUCAAUUUUCCAAUCAACCAACUUUAAAAAAUUAAAAUUUAUUUUCAGUGAUUUAACUCUCAAUAACAGCUCUGCCCGAGAAAUGUUUCAAAAAAUGUCUAUUGUAGAGGGGUUUUUGUCUGGAAAAUGUUGCGAUCAGAAAGAACAUUUACGUGUUUUAAUUGAAUUAAUUGACUAUUUAAUGCAAAAUUUAAAUGGGCCUGUACGUUGUUGUCAACAAAAAUGCCAACAAAUUGGUGAAAAACAUUUUAUAAUUUUUGGGGGUUCUUUAAACAAAGUAAGAAUUUGGGACGAUUUCGGAGAGUGCCUAAGUGAUGCUUUUGCUAAAGUUGAAUAUAUAAGGAUUGGAUAUCUCCAACAAUCCAAGAAAAGGUAA